AUGCAGAUCCCUCCCGAGCUGAAGGCUGUUGUGCAGACCUACUGGAACGCGCUUCAUGCAGAGUUCACCGCCGGUCGAUCGCGUCUUGAGAAGUGGCGCGUUAUGCAGUGUGUUCUCGAGGCUGCGUCUGCUCUCCGAUCCCUCGUCGCUGCUCUCUCGAAUCCCUGCCGUACAACUCUUCGUAAUCGCACCGGCAUUGCACCUGUUAUCCAAGCUCAGGAACUUGCUUCGAAUCAGGAGCUUCUUACUCUUUCCUACCGAGGUCAGGUUAAGAUCUCCGUUGCUUUGCUCGCCCCGAGAUCCAUAACACCAAACAUUUACCGAACCGUCCCCGCCUACGUCGCCCAAUGUCCUGAGGCUGAUGCGUUUGUUGCAGUACUUGAACGCCUCCCUACUGCCUUCGAAAUGCCCCUGGAGGGAGAUAACAGUCGGAAGAGAGCCAAAUUCCCCUCAACCGAGCUCCCUGACAAGUUCAUUGACGAUAUGGAUCGCCUCGUCGCCGAAGGUGGCUCGGCUGCUCGCAAUGCAUGGCCUGGCCCAACCUGCAAAUCCCGGCACUUGAAAGAUCUGAGCAGCCGCAAAUCUGAUGGUCCUGGCCCCAGCGACGAGGAAGAUAGUGGGGGACUGCAGGUUCUCGGGGGCUUUAGUGUAUUGUAG